AUUUUGGUCUUUCAAAAAAUAUGAAUUCACAAAAUUCUACUAUUUAUAUCGGAACUUUUGGUAGAAUUCCAUAUGUGGAUCCAAAUAAACUUUUAGAUUUAAAGUUUAAGUAUGAAAAAGCUUCAGAUAUUUACAGUUAUGGUGUAUUAAUGUGGGAAAUUUCUAGCGGAGUUCCUCCAUUUAAGGAAUUAAUUAAUAAAGGCGAUUUAGUAUUGCUUCGUCUUUCUAUCAUUGAUGGAUAUCGUGAAAACGUUAUAGAAGAGACCCCUGAAGAUUAUAAGAAGCUUUAUGAAAAAUGUUGGAAUUCUAUACCUGAAAAUCGGCCUAAAUUCAACUUAUGA